ACCUUCUGCCAUGCCAUGUUUGCUUUGGAGCUAACCAACUAUAGACUGGAUCUUCUGAAACUGUCAAUUUUUAUUUCCUAUGUAGAGCCUGCUUCAUUCCUAAUGUGCUUCCUGUCAUCUUGUCCAUACUUCACCAUCUUACCUUGAUACAGUUUAUAUGCUGGUCCCCAGUAUACUCACAUCCUUUUAAGGAGGCAUGGGGGGGGGUGUUAAAGUACAUGCAUGCCAUACUUUUGUGAUACAAAUAUAUACUUUAGUGUAAUGGUAGCUGGGUGUGGCUCACUGUAGCUGUGCCCGGGGAAAACAGGAACCCAUCUGUGCAUUCACCCACUUGGAAGAUGAGCGGCAAGUUGUGUUCAGGAGCUCCAAAGUAACAACAGAAUUAGGCCAGUUCAGUACAAUGGCACAUGAAAAUCCAGACUUGCAAGUUUUGGGGGAGGUAGAAAGUGAGUCAUCAGGUGACUCAAGCACUGAGGAUGAUGACAUUGACAUUGACACUGACCAUUUGAGCCAGAGAUCCUGCACCAGUGAGAUGGAGCAAGAAUUGACUGAUACAGACACUGGGAAUGACGACCUUGAUUUAGAUGAUGAAAACAUCAGCGCGAGUUCAUAUUUGACUAGUCAGAACGCAACAAAAUGGUCACGCAGGCCCGAACAAUCUAAUGUCAGAACUAGGUCUGAAGAUGCUAGGUUGUUGGCAGGGGUGAACCCAAUUGGACGGAAUGCCAACACUGCCAUUCAAUGUUGGAAACUGAUUAUAACAGACGAUAUGCUACAAGAUGUUGUGAAACACACAAAUAUUGAAAUACAACUAAAACGGUCUAUAUGUACCAAUAGUCAUACUCAAAAAUGUGUUUAUUACGACACUUCACUAUUUGAACUCAAAGCAUUCAUUGGGCUGCUGUACCUAGCAGGCCUUUCUCAUGCUAAUCGAAGCAAUGUAAAAGACUUAUGGAGAAGUGAUGGGUGUGGGCUAGAGGUUUGUAGAAUAACAAUGACACUGAGGAGAUUUGGUUUCCUUCAGAAUUGCCUGAGAUUUGAUGAUAAAACCACUCGACAAGAAAGAAAAAGAACUGAUAAUCUGGCUGCUAUCCGCUCAUUCUUUGAGAGCUUCCUGUCAAACUGCCAAGCAAUUUACACACCAUCUGAAUACAUGACCAUUGCGGAACAGCUUGCAGCAUUUCAUGGUCGCUGCAGCUUUAGGCAGUGUUUACCAAAUAAACCUUCAAAAUAUGGCAUAAAAAUAUAUACUCUUGUAGAUGCAAAAACAUAUUAUACUUUCAAUUUAGAAAUUUAUCCUGGAAUUCAGCCACCAGGUCCUUAUUCAUGCAGCAAUAAACCAAAUGAUAUUAUAAACAGACUUGUUGCUCCUAUCUCCCAAAGUAAUCGGAAUGUGACAUUCAACAGUUGGUUUACCAGUUACCCUUUGAUGUUACAUCUGUUAAGAGAACACCAUUUGACCAGUGUAGGAACCAUACGCAAGAACAAAGCGGAAAUUCCCCAUGAAAUGUUGCAAGUUCGAAACAGAGAAUUGUACAGUACGAUCUUUGGAUUUCAGAAAGACAUAACACUGGCCUCCUAUAUGGCAAAGAAAAACAAAGUGGUACUGCUGAUGUCAACGCUGCACCAUGACGGCAGUAUUGAUAGAGAUACCUCAACACAAAUGAAGCCAGAGAUGGAAACUUUUUACAACAAAACCAAAGGUGGUGUAGAUACUGUUGAUGAAUUAUGCAGCAACUAUGAUGUCACUCGAAACACAAAGCGUUGGCCAAUGAUUGUGUUUUAUUCAAUCCUAAACAUGUCUGGCAUAAAUAGUUUCAUAGUUUACAAAGAAAAUAACAAAUGCAAAAUAUCACGGAGAAAUUUUCUUAGAGGACUGGGACUGGAACUCAUAAGGGAACAACUACAACGGAAGAGGGACAAAAUGUUUCUGCCCAGGGAACUUCACAAAACAGAUUUGGAGCUGACAGGGCAACAGCCAGGCACAUCACAGAGACCCACUAGGACUGUAAAAAAACCAAAAAGAUGCCAACUGUGCCCUAAAAAAAAGGACAGGAAAACAAAACAUACGUGCUAUCAGUGUAAGGGAUAUUUGUGCAUGGAACAUGCAGUUCUUGUGUGUGAAGACUGUCUUGGCUUAUGACAGUUGGAGGACUAUUUUUUUUUUGGAACCAGACACCUUUUGUUAACUGACCAAAUCAUAAAAACACUGUGAUAGAUUUUUGACACCUCCCAUGUUUCCAGCUGGAUGAAGCAAACAUUUCUGUGGUAUACAUUUGUUUGUAUUUUCCUUGUAGUUCACCUAGGAAUUUAUUUCUGUUAUUUUUCAAGUUUUG